AUGGGCUCACUAUCGAUCAGCACUCUCUGCCGACCGGUCGAAGACCAACCUGCACCCACUAUCAGAUUUGAGGCGCCAGAAACGUGCCCCUUCCUCAAGAAAGUCCUGGAGUGCACUGCCUCAGGCACUGUUUACGAGAAGCUUGAUGUGCUUCAAGGCCUACAGUCCGCCCUGCCAAACCCUUUCGAGGAGCACAUUGGCACGGGGGUUGGAGCAGCGACGUACCUGCUGGAGAACGGUUUGCUUGGGGAGGUUUUGAGGGGUCUGGAGGAGGCCGCCAAUGGAAACUGGGUGGAGAGGCUGUACCUGCUCGAGACGGCCGACUACCCGGGCCCGUGCACCAAUGGAACAAUGGAUGCAUUUGUCUUUGCCACAGGGGGGGCGCUUCUAAGCACGCUCCAUACUCUGCUCAUCUGGUCUCACGGCGUCAAGCGGAGCCUAGCCAGGCGUGCCGUGUUCCUGAACUGCAUUCUCAGAAGGGUCGGGGAGUAUUUUUACGAUGGGAGAUACGUGAACGAGGCGCUGAUGGUCGUCCUUUGGCCGGCGCCUCACAUGCUCCCCCGCACAUUGGAAAGGAUUGCACCACUGUGCCUUGCAGCGGUGAACCAUCUGAGCGAGAGCGAGUCUCGGCACGAGAUUGAGACUGUACUGGUUAUCCUUCACAAACUUGCCGCCUUCAACCUCCCGUUCCUCUGCUCCCACUUCUUCACCGAUCGCGAGUUUCUAGAUUGUGCCAGGGCGCUUGCUGCCUGCUCCAGCCUCAGUGUCUUCUCAAAACGUUUUGGGGAGGCAGUAUUGUGGAGCGAGGUUCAGAGGAAGGGGGGUGUGCAACUAAACCAAACAGAUUACAUCAGGCUAAUGGGAGGGAAGACAACUGAGGAGGAGCGACGCAAGAUAAGGAAGGGGAUCAUGAAGAGCCGGCCCAUGUUGGCUCGGUCACGGACUCUCUCCCAGAUCUGUGCGACGGAAAAGUCACGCCUAACCUCACUCCUUGAUCGCGAGCUUGGGGAAGAUAACGGGAUUGAGGAGAAUAGUAGCGUUCGAUCAGGUCAGGAGCCUGGUCCACAAGAGCCAGGCAAAGCCAGAUCUUUCAAGUUGAUCACGCAUCCGCUGAGGCAGUGUUCCGCACCUGAUUGCAAGAACGUCGAGGAGCGGUCAAAAGAGUUUGCGAGUUGUAGCCAGUGUAAGCUCACAGCGUAUUGCAGCAGGGCCUGUCAGAAAAGAGCAUGGAAGGCAGGCCAUAGCGCUGUUUGCGAACAGUAA